AUGGAUGCUAAUCAGUCACCCCUGAGCACCUCCGACACUACCUCCUGCUUCACGCCAUAUCCCGCAGACUCCCGGAAACGGAAGCGGUCUCUGGCUGGCUCCCAGCCCCCUCGUGAAUAUGGAUUGAUGCGAGACUCUGGCGAGCAUGGCGUUGCUCGUUUCGUCGGCAGCGGGAGCGGCAUUCACUAUAUACGCGCAGUCUAUCUGAGGCUUGCCCGCAAGUCAGCUUCCAGGACAUCCCAAACCAACACGGCUGCCGUCAACACCUUGGUCCCAGGAGAAGACGAUCAGCUCCGACAAUCACCUUCAGACAACUUCGAUACCAGAAAGCCGAUUUGGAAGCCCCACGAGGUUUCAUCUGUCCCAUUGACCGACUCCCAAUCUCCGAGCUUCGAGUCCUUGAUUGACUGGUCCAAGAGUUUUUUCGAAUCCUGGCAUCCCAUCUUGCCAUUCCUCCAUGGCCCAGAUGUCCUCCACAUAUUCGAAGAAGCCUCUUCCAAAGGGGUGGCGUCACUAUCUGUAUUAGACUACAACAUCCUGAGAUCGGUACUGUCUAUUUCUCUAGCAGACAGCCGCCAAGGAACGCCCUUAUCAAACCCAAUCCCCUCCCAUCUCGUCUUCCAAAGCGUUGAAGAAGCAGUGACCAGCUCUCAAUUCGCUCUCAGCCAACCAGCAUCAAUCCGCGCAACACAGGCAGCACUCUCCAUCCAGCUCUUUCUCACGUCCAUGCUAUACCUGAACGCUGCUUCGCGACUAGGCGGCUUGAUUGUGCGAAUGGCGUUUCACCUUGGGCUCCAUCGAUGCCCGGCACGCUUUGGCUUCUUCGGUCCAGAGGACGCGUCCAUCAGGCGCCGGGUCUUAUGGUGCAUUUACAUCCUGGAAAGGUUUCUCUGUCAGUCUCUUGGACUCCCAUUAGACAUCCGAGAUGACGACCUCGACGUCUGUUAUCCAGGAGAGGAGCGUCACGGCGUCCCGGGAGCAAACAAUGACGGAGUGGAAAGACUCCAGCUUCUUACGCUUCUAGCAAAACACGCUCGAAUACGAGGUUUGAUACUUGAACUGCGGAACAAAUCUGUCCAGCAGCGACAGGAAACUGCGGACAAAACAGCCGUUGUUCAGAUAGAGUUGGCCAGAUGGGCCAACGAGAUCCAAGAUGUGGAGGAAGAGGAAGAGGAGGAGCUUGAUGCCGUGGAGGCAUCCGAUAAGCCGGGUCAUCGUCCCAAAUUAUCCCCCAGCCACCGUCUCAUGCUCUUGGUUCUGAAGCACGAGUCUACGAUAUGCUUGAACCGCCCCGCGCUGGCCUCUGAACCCUCUCUGCCGUCAUACUCCUCGGCCUUCCAGUCUUGCAUUUCCGCAGCAAAGUCCAUCUGUAGUAUUUUCAAUCGGCACAAACGCAAGUAUAAAUUGGCAAACGGCGAGUCUGGAAAACGGCUAGGCCUGCCUUUACUUUGGCCUUCAUUCACCUGGUCGAUCUGGAUUAGCGCUUUUGUUCUCCUGCACGCGACCUUUGAGAAUCAGGUUCCGCUGAGUAGGGCGAUGAGGCAUGCGAUGGCGGGAAAGGAGACUCUCAGCCAUCUGGCGACGCGACAAACGGCAUGGCCAGAGUAUUGCCUCGAGGCCAUUGACGAGCUGCUCUCGGCGGUGCAGGAAAUGUCGCACCCUCAUCCCCCAGCGAUCGGGGAUCUACCGCCCACCGUUCCCUCCCACCAGGGACGCAUCGACAAGGCCCCCUCCCAGCCAGCAUCUCUUGGUCCGCGAAGCAAACGACCUGCCUCGGGCGCCAGGUGGAACAUGUCAAGCGGCGUGCCAGACGGCAGCGGUGCGCGACACAGUUUCCACGAGAGCCAAGGCACGGGUGAGGUUCACGAGCCAAAUCACGGCACAGUCUCAUUGUCAGAGCCCAGUAUUUCGCCGCCACAGCCAGGUCCUCCCGAGUCUCAGGGAUCGUUGCAGCCGCGGACACAUAUAGCUCCGGGCGUCAGUUACAGCAUCAACACCCCUAAUUCCAAUCGUUUUGACGUCUUUAAUCCGGGCAUUACUGAUACCUUGGGUGACUCUGCCGCUACCGGCCCUCUUGAGGGGCAAGAUUCUCUGAUCUGGUAUGAUCAGCUGUUUGCCAGCUCUUUUAAUGCUAUUGAUAACCCAUUCUUGGUGGCAUCGGAUUUUUAA